UUUUUGUACUCUGAGGUGACAGUUUCAACUCGGAGUGCAUUCAAGCGUGUCAUAGAAACAAGAUCUGCAAAUAUGAACGGUUUGAUUAAUGGUUGCCAAUGUUAAUAAAAUGCUAAUUUAGCUAUUGAAACAUUAAGUCUAACUUUGACUUACGAUGCCUGGAUAUUUCAUUUUGCUUUGUUUCUUUGCUGUGUUUGUGAGAGAAACUGAAGUCAAAGAAGUGCAGACGGGUUUAUACAGUCGUGUUGAGCUGACUGGAGAGGAACUUGAUCAACAAACUGUUGAUUCUCUGCGCUCAGUGGAAUGGACCAAACGAAAUGGAUCAGUAACAUGUCUAUGUUUUAAGAAAAACACCACAUUCAGUGCUGAAUACAGUCAAUGCUGUGGAAGAGCUCAUUUCUAUUUAAACAAUAACAGCCUCAUUCUGGAGAACGUGACGGCAAAGGAUGAAGGAGUUUACACUGAAAGAAUAAUUAGAGGAAACGGCACUAUAAAAUCUCAAAACUUCACAUUAUUAAUUCAGUACCCUCCAAAUGUAACAGAAAUUGUGGUCUCCUGGACCUCCAACACAUCUGUGACUCUCAAAUGUGAAGUGAGCGGCGUCUUUCUGCAUCUGAUGUGGAAGAGAGAAGGAUUGCCUGUUCUAGAGAAACACAGACACUCAUUCAGUGAGAGAAACCAGACUCUACACAUCAGCAACAUAACCAGCUCUGAUUAUGAGACAUACAGCUGUAUUGCUUCAAAUGCAUAUGGAGAAUCAGAACAACACACAUAUAUUACAGGUGAGAACUCAACUGUUAACCGAGGAAAUAGCGCUGCUGGUAAAACUCAGACUGAUCAGAUCGUGCUUUCAAGUGGACUUACACUCGCAGGAGUUUUAGGACUGUGCAUCGUGUUCUUCUGCCUUUACAAAAACCAUCAGAGGCAAAGAGCUGAAAAUGGCAGAACUACAGAUGAAGGGGGUGCAGACAAUGACCUUGUUAUUUAUCAGGACGUACCUGCCACUGAAGAGGUGACUCCUUUACCGUACGUCUACACAGACUUCAUUAAGCCGAAAGAGAGCGGUCAGGCCUCAGCUGCAGCGCAACGCUUUGAGGACUUUGGUUACUCUGAGGUCGGACCCACAUGCAGGGGAGAAACAGUCGUUCUAGAUGAACGUGUGUCUAGUGAACAGUCCACAGCGUGUCCUGAUGCUGAAGAGGAAUAACAACUGAUAUAAGAGACUACCAAACAUGCUGAAAUGAAAACAGCGAAUACACACACUUUCAUGUUCAUGAAUCUGGUGCAGUGCAACAAAUGCAACAAGUUUAUAAGCAGCGGGUGAAGAAAAACGUUAGGUCCUGAUCAACCACUAGAGGGCAGCAAAAACAGCUGAAAACACACUUUCAGUAAAAGGUGCAAAGCUGUCACUGGAGUGGCUUCCAUUUACAGAAGUUAAAAGGUACAACCAUGUAGCUUACCUUAUUUACACCUAAAUGGUGCGUAAUAAUAGCUUAGAUGUACAUGAUAGUAUUCGAAAAGUACAUAUUAGUACCUAAAGUGUACAUAUUAAUAACUUUUUAUUGGGCAUCGCAUCUAACAGGUUUUUGUUUUACCUUUCUUUUUCCCCCGAGACUGAAGCAGCUCUACCAGUUUUAACCAUGAUGGUUCUAAAUUAUUACAAAGACACAGCAACAACAUUGUUGAUGGACAAAUCAUCUUAAAAAUAGUUUCAUGAUUACAGUUACAUUCAGUAGGCUAAGCAUCAUUCUGAAAUAUAGCAGUGUUUCCUCUCUUGCGCUUGGCACUGGAUCAUGCACAGCAUGAACACCAUUAUACAGACUUGAUAAGUACAUAAUAAAAGGACUUCAUUAAGUACUUAAGCAUCUUGCAAUAAUGUCAAGGAAACAAUGUUUGAAGUGACACAUAUGCACACUGUGAGAGGUCAAAAAUGUCCACCCUACUCAUUAGUGACUGUCAUACACAGUGAUUAGAUAAACGACUUUUCAGAGCAAUUUGGAGCAAAAUUGGUUUGUCUUGCAUGACUAACUCUGUUAAAGGUUCUGUAUAUAAUUUAUGACAUGAAGUAAGCAGCAGAUUAACUGAUGUUAAAAGGCAAAUCUAGAUGUCAGUAAAGAAGUGCACUCUCACAGCGCACAGUAAGAGACCAAAACAGGUCGAAGCAUUUGAGAGACAGCUGUCAGUCAUCUGUAGAGUAAAUUUCUCUCCAAUUUUUGAAGGUGAGUACCUUCAUGUAUAACUAAAGCAAUGUCUUUAUUUGGAUUCCUCAAAGCAACCAGGGAUACAUAGGCCUACUGCCACAGGAUGCAAAGAAUAUGUUCCUUUCUUUGUUUUUCCUCCAGAAAAGCCAAAAGAAAAAGACUGAAGUAACAAAUUUGUAACAAUUGUUAACGGUACAGUCUCACUUUUUCUAAGUGUGCUUAAUUUGUUACACCCAUGGAAUGCUGGGAAAUGAUACUUACAAACAGAAGGGGGGUGUAAGUGUUUAAUAAUUUAACUUUAAUCUCUUAAAAAAAAAAAAAAAAAAAAAAAAACAGAGGUUUGGGGGUCAGUGUUAAUUAAAGAUCUCCUAAA